AUGAAGCUUGCUGAUCUCUCCGAAAUUUUUCCGAUGUUGGAAGGAUUUUGUGUGGCCCGCUUCUUCUACGAGGAGCAUCGGGAGAUGGCGCUGAUAUGGGGGCCGUGGAUGGUGGCAGGGCAAUUACAUGCCAUGAAGCGGUGGAUGCCCAAUUUCACCCCUGGCUCCGGUGGUCUCAGCAUGGUGGUUGUCUGGCUACGAAUGCCCGGGCUACCACUGGAUUACUGGGAGAAAUCUAUUAUCCUUCAGAUGGCGGCGAAGGCCGGCGUGCCACUAGCGGUGGAUGAGGCGACGAAGAAGGGUAAGAAGUCAGGUUUUGCAAGGGUUAAGAUUGAGGUGGACCUAAAAAAUCCACUGAGAGGAGGAACAUAUGUGAAGGGAAAGGCACAGCGGUUGGAGGAGAGGUUUUGGCAAGUGUUUAUCUAUGAGAACCUGCCAAAUCCUUGUUGCAGAUGCGGCAGAGUGGAUCAUGAAGAAGCCCACUGUACCUUCACCUCCGUGACCGAGCCGGCCGAUGUUUCGGGGGAUAGGCGUGGUAAGGCAAUGAUGGAGGAGAUGUACUUGGUUGCAGAGUCCUCUACACAUGGCGGGGAAAAAGGGAACGACCAACCGGAGAACCAGGGGUAUGGGCCGUGGAUGGUCACCCACUUAGGGAUAACUUGGAAAUAUUGA